AUGGCGUCACGGAAGAAGGUUCUCCUCAAGGUGAUCAUCCUUGGUGAUAGCGGUGUUGGAAAAACAAGCUUGAUGAACCAAUAUGUCAACAAGAAGUUCAGUGGAAGCUACAAGGCGACUAUUGGUGCCGACUUCCUCACCAAGGAGGUCCUUGUCGAUGACCGGUUGGUGACGAUGCAGAUUUGGGAUACCGCCGGUCAGGAACGAUUCCAGUCCUUGGGUGUCGCAUUCUACCGAGGCGCCGAUUGCUGUGUGUUGGUCUACGACGUGAAUAACUCAAAGAGUUUCGAGGCGCUGGACAGCUGGCGGGAUGAGUUUUUGAUUCAGGCUAGCCCGCGUGACCCUGAGAGCUUCCCAUUUGUGAGUACACCAAGCGCCUGGCCCGUCAGCGAGGAGCAAUUCGCUGUCCUCGUGGUCAUAGGCAACAAGAUUGAUGUGGAGGAGAACAAGCGCAUGAUCUCUUCGAAACGGGCCAUGACAUUCUGCCAGUCCAAGGGCAAUAUCCCGUACUUUGAGACCAGCGCCAAGGAGGCUCUUAACGUGGAGCAGGCAUUCGAGGUUAUCGCCCGCAGUGCCCUCGCCCAGGAAGAGGCCGAGGAGUUCAGUGGAGAAUUCAGUGACCCGAUCAACAUCCAUCUGGACAAUGAGCGCGAUGGCUGUGCCUGUUAA